CCAAGUAAUAACAAAACUAAAAAACAACAUAACUAAACUAAUAAAUAAUCUAAAAACUAAAAUAAAAAGUGACAAAAACAUAACAACCGUCAAUUAAAAUUUUCAAAUAUCGAAAUGAACGUCCAUUUUAAGUUUAACGUAUUCGAACACCGGUUUCGUUUUUUAAAAGGACGAGUUAUAAGUUUUUAUUAAUCCGUGCUGCCAGUUUGCUUUCGACAUUAGUUUUAAAUAAGCAUUUAAAAAUGAUUCGUGUGUUUGUGUUGUUAUUGCAAAUGACUCUGGUAUUAUCGGCGAGAGAACCGAAGCAAAUAAACUUAGUGAAUCAAGGGACGAUAUCGGGAAUGUACAUCACAAGAUUCAGGACGAAAAGAAUAGCAGCAUACGUUGGAAUACCAUAUGCCCAACCUCCAAUCGAUUUCAGAAGGUUUUUGCCCCCGGAAUACACUGAUUUACCUCAAUGGGACGGAGUGAGAAACGCGACCAUUUAUGCCCCGGAUUGCAUGCAGAGUGACCCCAAGAAGGAAGAUGUGCAAAACCCUUUGAAGAAGCAUGAUGAUCUGUUCAUGAAGCUUCUGGAUUCUCAAAUGGAGGAGAAGAGAAAGAAGGAGUAUUCUGAGGAUUGUCUCUUCUUGAACGUGUAUGUGCCUGACGAUUUCAAAGUCGAGGGCUACCCAGUCUUCGUUUGGUUUCACGGCGGCGAUUUCGUGCGAGGCAGCCCUAACAGCGUGAACCCCUUCCAAUUGGUGCUAAAACAAAGGGUAAUAUUCGUAUCAGUGGCCUACCGGCUGAACAUCUUCGGAUUCUUCUCAACCCUCGACAACGAAGCUUCUGGCAACUUUGGUCUGCACGACCAGGUAGCAUCUUUACAUUGGGUCAAGAACAACAUCGAAAGUUUUGGAGGUGAUCCCGAAAACGUUUGCAUCAUUGGUCAUGAUGCUGGAGCAGUCAGUGUCACCCUUCAUCUAAUAUCCUCAUACUCAGCAGGACUGUUCCACAAAGCUAUAGCAAUGAGUGGAAACGCUUUAUCACCAGAAUCAGUGAACAUAGCAAGGAAAGAAAUAGUCACAGUUGAUAAGGUCACAGCCGCCUUCAGUUGCUUUAGAAAACCAACUUACCAAUUACUAGAUUGUCUUCGAAGAGUACCAGAUAAUGCGCUUUUAGAUAUAGCUGGACCACUAGGUGAAUGGAAACCUAUUGUGGAUGGAGGUUUCAGUAACAUAACCAGUCCGUUUUUACCAGAGCUCCCUUCAAAACUAUUCAAAGAUGAGAUUUUCUCCCCAGUCCCUCUUUUAGCUGGCUACACAAACAUGGAAGACGGUCUUUUGCUAGAAAAAGAUGAAAGUGGAGAUUCAGGUAUCAGUCAAAGGGAAUUCGAUUCGAUGAGAGAAGAAAUUAUCCUUGCAGACAUUACGGUAGACAACAGUUCAUGCUUUACUAACCAACAUCAUAUACAGGACGCUGUAUCAUUUUUCUAUAAGCCAAUCCCUCAUACAACAAAUGAAACAGUAUUGAGAAAGCUGUUUGUGGAUUUUUACACUGACAAAACACAUGGAGCUACUACUUACCAGUUAGCGAGACACAUCUGCCCACACGCUCCAGUAUACCUCUACAGAUUCGACUUAAAGCCCUUUUCUGACAUUGCAAAUGAGGGUCUUCCAGAAUGGAUCGGUGUUCCACAUAAUUUCGACCUUAUCUACACCUUUGGCAUGCCUUAUUUAGCUCUACCAGAAGACCUAAGCAAAUGGGACUACAGAGACAAAAGCAUAUCAGAAAUCAUAAUGAGGAUGUGGUCCAAUUUCGCUUGGUACUCAAAUCCUACGAAUUCAGGAGUGAUUAUCGAUUGGCAGACUUACGAAUUGGAGAGGCCUGGGUACUUGAUCAUUGACAGAGCCAAUUUCACGAUGAGCACUCCAGCUACAAUUAAUUACAAAGCUUUUGAAUUUUGGACGGAUUUUUAUCCGAAAGUCGUGGAAAUUGGGACGAAGUGUUGUAAAGAGAUCACGGACGAUUCUGGCACGAUAUCUAUAUUCUCAUCGGAAAUCGUACAUCGUAUAUUAUUACUGUAUUGUAAAAGUGCGCAUCUCGUUUCGAGUCAACGACCUUCCUUCGCGGGAUCCCGUCCCAUCGGGUUCCCUGAUACACCAAACAGGACGACCACAACUGUCGAUCCUCUUUCAGACCGUUUCGGCGAAGGCACAACACAAAGACUGCCAAUUGAAGCGAAUGGAGACAGGGACCUAGUGGACAGACUCAGCAAGCUGCCUAUAGACAAACAGCCAUUCUGGUUUAUCAACUGGCAAGCUCUAGAAGCCCAUAGGCAGAAACCACAGACCUACCCACAAAGACCAAGCUCCUUCGUGGACCCAGUCCCCUUAAAUUCCAAUAGAUUCCCAGCACCCACCUCACAACCUUUUAACACGGAACAAAUUGCACCUGUGAACAGAUUCGGACCAACACCAGCCUCCAGUCAAUUCUCAUCCCAAUCACAAUUUAAUUUCAAUAGCCAAACAAACAAUGUUAAUCCUAACGGCCAAAUUCAACCCCAAAGUCAAAAUAACCCAAAUCAAGUGCCUCCACCUCAAAUCAUUCCAAUAUACCAAAUUCAUCCUUAUGGUCAAAAUAAUGUUGCACCAGGCCAUUUUACAAAUCCAAAUUUGCCCAAUAUUUCUACUCUUAAUACCCCAAAUGUACCACAACUUAAUCCAAAUGUCCAAAUUACUCCCACUGGUCAAAACAGUCAAUUUAACUUCACUUCCAGUUCAAGUUCGAAUACUGAGGUGAAUAACAAAAAUGGUGUGGUAGAAACUACACAGAAUUAUAAAUGGAAUUAUUUCACUUCACACAAUACACAUACGACACAUUUCUACAAAUAUCCUGACUAUUAUGUUCAGACCAACCCUAAGCCUACUAAGUAAGAUAGUGUAAGAAAGAGAUAGGUAUAUGUCGCUCAGUAUUCGCUUUGUAUUUGAAUAGUAUCAGUCUCUAACAUUAGAACUUAAGACUUAUUUACCAUGUCAGUUCAUCCGUGAUCAUGGCGCUUGCAACAGUGCCGAAAUGUCGGAAACUCAUAGACAU